UUCUAUAAGGAACGAAGAUUGUUUUUCCUUCCACGUCUGAAAGGUUAUUGUGUCCGGUAGAAAGUAUUAUCGCGUGCAGUGGUCUAACAAAGAUGGCAUUGCAACAGGCUUUGCGUGUAUCUCUGCAAACGUCUUCUAGGACUUUUAGCAUGAUUGGUGCGCGUUCAAGUUCUUGGUGGUCCAAUGUAGAGCUUGGACCCCCCGAUGCCAUUCUUGGUUUAACUGAGGCAUACAAGAAAGACACCAAUCCACAAAAGGUUAAUCUAGGUGCAGGUGCUUACAGAGAUGAYGAAGGGAAACCUUAUGUGCUGCCAUCAGUGAAAAAGGCAGAGGAAAUGAUARUUUCCAAGAAUCUAGACAAGGAGUACGCUCCUAUACAUGGUGUUGCUGACUAUGUUAGUGCCGCUGCUAAGUUGGCAUUUGGUGUUGACAGUCCUGUCAUCACAAAUGGACUGAAUGCAUCUGUACAGGCAAUAUCAGGAACUGGUGCACUUCGCCUUGGUGGAGCUUUCUUGGAAAGAUUCUUUCCUGGAAAUAAAAUAGUAUAUUUGCCGGCACCAUCCUGGGCAAACCACACCCCAAUCAUGAGGGAUUCUCGCUUACAGCUGGGUCAGUAUCGUUACUAUGACCCAAAGACUUGUGGCUUUGACUUUUCUGGGUGCUUGGAGGACUUGUCUAAUUUACCAGAACACUCYAUAGUGCUGUUCCAUGCAUGUGCUCACAACCCCACUGGUGUAGAUCCUAAGUUUGAACAAUGGAAAGAAAUAAGUGAAGUUGUGAAGAAUAGGAAACUCUUCCCAUUUUUUGACAUGGCAUACCAAGGUUUUGCCAGUGGUGAUGCCACCAAAGAUGCGCAAGCUGUGAGGCACUUUAUUGAACAAGGACACAGUAUGGUCUUGGCACAGUCUUUUGCCAAGAACAUGGGAUUAUAUGGUGAAAGAACUGGUCUGUUCAGUGUGGUGUGCGACUCACAAGAAGAAGCUAACAAAGUACUUUCACAAAUCAAGAUCAUAAUCCGUCCAAUGUACUCAAGCCCACCCAUCCAUGGUGCACGACUUGCAGGCUUGGUACUUACUGAUGCUGAUCUAAGAGUACAGUGGGAAGGUGAAGUGAAGGGAAUGGCUGACAGAAUUAUUUCAAUGCGACAGAAACUUGCUGAUAACCUUAAGAAAGAAGGUUCUUCUCUGGACUGGUCACACAUCACGGAACAAAUUGGAAUGUUUUGUUACACUGGUUUGAAACCAGAACAGGUUGAACGACUAAAAAAAGAGUUCUCAAUCUACUUGACUAAAGAUGGCCGAAUCUCUAUCGCUGGUGUGACGUCGAAAAAUGUUGAGUACGUUGCCAAGUGUAUGCACACUGUUACCAAGUGAGCGUCACGUGGCUUGGGAUAGUUGGCAAACGUGUCGUGAUUAUUUUUUAGAAAAGGGAGAGAGGACGAACUUAAUGAGUGAAAUGAAAUAACAGUUAACAUCAAAUGUAGUGAUUUCRGUAUCAGACUGUCAAUCAUAAUAGUCCGUGUCUAAAGGGCCAUGGUCAACCGGCAUUCAAUGCGGUCGUGUUUUCGAAUURUCAUAUUCUUUAUUUUAUUUGAAAAGCUUGUAAUUGAUGUCGAUUGAGCAUAUGGACUUUUAAUAACUUCUAAUAGCUUCUAAUACUCAUGUUUCAACCAAAGUCUAAAGUCAUUUUUAUGGGCUUAGGGGCUAACUACUACUGUCUGUUAUCUUAGUAACUACAGUAAAAAAACCCGCGUAUAAGAACACCUAUUUUGGAGGUUCAGGCUGAUUUGKUUCUUAUUGCCAACGAGCCAGCCGAGCGAAGACGCGAGGCUGGCGAGGCGGCAGCAUCAUAGAGCCGAUGCACGAAAAGGUUAUGGAGAACGAAGCUCAUCCAGGAUAAGAUCGAAAAGACAACAAACUUCACAUGACGCUAUACUGGUUUCUUAGUUUCUAAUUAUGUGACAUAUUUCGUCUAUUUAACUGAUUUAAUGUCGCGCUAAAUCCCCUUCAUGACAAUUUCUAGAAAACAUCAUCUGCUCGUUGGCACUUAGCGGUAGCUAUGACUAGUAUAAAGGGUAUAAACUGCAAAAUCAGCCCGUAAGUGUUCUUAAGCGUUCUUAAGAAAGUCACUAAAAAUGAAAUCAAUAUAACAGUACAUAUUUUUAGUUUUGUUUAAUAUUUUUAUUACAUAUUUGGGGUGGAAMUAUUACUAGUAUGUGUGCAAUGAAAAGUAGUGUUGAUCUUUCAUAUUUUUCCAUAUAAGAACAACUUUCAUUUUUUCAGGCUGAAUGUGUUCUUAUAUAAAUGGUACCUUAUUUUCCUAAAAUCAGGCCUGGGUGUUCUUAAUCCACUUGUUCUUAUACGUGGGUUUUUACUGUAUUGCACAGUCCCCGAGAUACUCUAGGCUCGGGCUUCAGCCGUCGGAMUUUCGUGCGCGCCUCGAUACCCUCUCCCCUGACGUCUUUGCGCACGGACUUCACUCAAUCAGUGAGUUGCUCCUCGAAAAUUGAGGGGGCAUAUCAUUAAUUAAUUAACAUGCAGUGGACACUGUUGACGAACUACUGUUUGAGAUACGCUUUGAAGAUGUUUGUUUGAACGCUCUAAAGUCGUUUGAACUGAACGAAUUUAGAGAAAUACUGUAAAAAUUAAUUGAAAAAAAUUAAUAAAAAAAAUUGUUCUGGGGAAAACAUGGUUCAGGGAAAUAACUAGAUUUUCAAACAGCGCCACUAGUCUUUGACGAAUGUCAGUUUCCAUUUGUUGUCGGGUUUUUUUAUAUGACAGAAAUGUCACUGAUAUGCGCGAUAAGUGCGGUCAGCCAUCGGGAGAGAGUAUCGCCCGGCGCCUAAGACUGAUCCUAGAGAUAGCCCCGCUGCCAAGGGACACUCUUUGUCAUGUCAACGCGGCUAAUAAAUGACUGCUUCGCAUUUGUUUAA